AUGGAUACAAUAAUUAUCAUAAAAGAUUAUGAUUUAUGCGAAAUUGAAAAUUCAGAGACAAAAACUGAAUAUAAUGAAUCAAAUAAAAAUGAACACGUAGAAAUCGAAAAUAUAUCUGAAACUAAAAGUAUCGCAGAAAUUAAAAAUGUUAGAAUACCUAAAAGUAUAGAAGAUAAUAAAAAUAUCGAAGAAAUUGAAAAUAGAAAAAAAUGUAGUGAUAAUAUUAAAGAUACCAGAAAUUUUGAAGAAAUUAAAAAUAUGGAAAAAAAUAUAGAUGAAGCCAUUGGAAAUAUUGAAGAAAUAAAAAAUAUGGAAGAAAAUAAAGAAAUAGACAGUAUGGAAGAAAAUAAAGAAAUAGAAAGUAUGGAAGAAAAUAAAGAAAUAGAAAGUAUGGAAGAAAAUAAAGAAAUAGAAAGUAUGGAAGAAAAUAAAGAAAUAGACAGUGUGGAAGAAAAUAAAGAAAUAGACAGUAUGGAAGAAAAUAAAGAAAUAGAAAGUAUGGAAGAAAAUAAAAGUAAAACUAUUAGAAAUAUUGGAGAAAUAAAAAAUAUGGAGAAUACCAGAAAUACUGAAAAAAUAAAAAUUGCGGAAAUUAAAAAGAUAGAAAACGCAAAUAUUGAAGGGAUGGAUAAUAUUAAAGAAUCUAUGAAAGAAAAGUGUUAUAUGAUGAAAAAAAAUGAAUUGAAUGAAGAAAAGAAAAAGGAUAUAAAAUUAAAAGAGAAUUUAAAUAAAGAAAAAGAGAAACUACAAUUAUUGAAAGAAAAACUAGAUAGAGAUUUAAGAAUGCGUAAUAGAAAUGAUCCUUUAUUUAAUGCUUGGUACAUACCUCACGACUAUUUCAGAUUUUUUAAAUUUUGUAAGAAUAAAAAUAAAAUCGAUCUUAAAAAUAAACCAAGAUAUUUAUACGUAGAUGGUGUUAUAGAUUGUUCAAUACCAUACAUACUUAAUAAGAUUAAUAGGAAUACUAAUAUACAAAUUCUUAAAAUUGGUAAUAAUAAUUAUUCUAGGUGGGAAAAAAAAUAUAUUGAAAGAUUCUGUGAAGUAAAUUAUGAAAAAGAUUAUAAAUGUAAUAAACAAUAUAUUUGUUAUAGGACACCUUUAUCAAAUCUGUUUCACGAAUUAAUUUUACGCAUUUGCUCGUAUAUCGAAGAAGAAGACUAUUCCAUGGACGAUAUAAAAAUGAUUAUCAGAUUAUUUUUGCAUAGGUUUUAUCAUGCUAUAUAUAUUCAUAGGCAGACUUCUACAUUUGAAAAUGACAGAGUUAUAUCUUAUAAAGAAGCAAAAGAAAUUUCAGAUGGAUUGAAUAGAGAUAUAUCUGGUGAAAUUUUAAAACUUUUUAUUGGAUCAAACGAUUACAGAAAGGUUUCAUUCCAUCAUUCUAAAUUAAAUUUAGAAUUUUCUUCGAGUAUAUUUAUAAUUCCACAUAUGGUACAUAUGGAUGAAAUUAUGAACAAUACCUCUUCGUAUAUAAAUCUUUAUAUGUUGGUUCAAAGAUUGUUCUUUUUAGGUUUUAGAGAAAUGGAAUUCGAAAAUAUUCAUUAUAUACACGUACCGAGAGAUAUUGAGAUAUAUUCAGCAGAAUAUUUAAAUUAUAUUACAAUGAGGAUUACAAAUAUUUAUAAAUAUCAUUUUAAUUGUCGUUCUUUUAUUUAUGAUAGAUGGAGAGAAUUAUAAGUGAAAUACUCUUUUGAGAUUGACUUUGUUAUGCCAAUAUAGAUCGAAACAAAGUACUAAAUUUAUAUGCAAUAAGUUAUGAAAAAGUUUUUGGAAUGGAUCUAGAUUAUUAUAAGAAAAAGGUAAAAAAAACCAAAUAAAAGAGAAACAUCUAAUAUUGAAAGUAAAGAAUCAAGUACUAAGUAUGAAAAAAUUGAACAUAAAGAAGUAUCUAGAUUUGAUAAAUUGAAAUAUUAUAAAAUGAACGAGAAUUAUUACCAAACAAAAUUAUUACAAAUCUUGGACGAUAAUUUAUAUGGGCCUUGGUUUUCUCAAUAUGAUUUUCGCAGAUAUUUUAAUUUUAAAAAGAAGAAUGGAAAAAUACAAAAUGAUUAUUUAUAUAUAGAUGGCAUAUUAUGCUGUGCAGUAUCAUUAGUUCUUAGGAAAAUUAAUGAAAACUCAAAUAUUCGAGUUUUAAGAAUAGACGAUAAUAAAUUUUUCAAGAGUUCUAUUAAUAAUUUAAAUAUUUUGAAUUAUAAUGAUGAACUUCAUAGAGAAUCUAUCUGUUAUAAAACCCCUAUAUCAAAUUUAUUUCACGAAUUAAUAUUACUUAUUUGUUCUCGUAUAAAAGAUAAAGCGUACCCAAAAAAUAAACGGAAAGCAGUGACAAAUUUAUUUGUAAAUGAAUUAUUUAAGAAACAAUAUAAAAUUUUUGACUUUAUCGAAUCAAAUAAACGUAUGGAUGAUACUAAUGUACAAAAAAUAAUUAAUGCGAUUAAUAAAAAUAUUUCUGAUGAUAAUAUUAAAAAUAUUCCUAAUGAUAAUACCAAUAAAAAGAAUACAUAUAAAAAUAUUUUAUUGUAUGAUCACAAUACUUUCCAUGCUAUAUUUAUAAUACCGCAUUACAGUCAUCUUCCUAGUAUUUUUAAGAAAUUUAAAAAAAAUUUAAAUUAUGAUAACAUAUAUAAUAAUUUUUAUAUAGAAAUUCAAAGUUUCUUUUUUUUAUGUCUUAAACGAUUUAAAUUUAAUAACAUUCAUUAUAUAAAUAUACCAGAGGAAAUAGCAAUGUAUUCAAAAGAAUAUCUUAAUUUUGUUACUACAAAAAUUAUAAAUAAAUAUACAUAUCAUUUUAUGUGCUAUUAUAAAUAUAUUGAUUCUGAAAAAAAUAUUAAUGAUUAUAAUUUAAACGUUUUUUGAUAAUAACACUAUAAAUAGGGCUGUGUCUUAAUGUUUUUCACAUUCAUGUAGAACAUUAGUUAGUCAACAUACCUUUAUUUAUAUAUCUCAACAUUAUUUAAAAUACACCCAAUUAUACAAAAUUAGAUAUGGCAAAUCUUGGAAGACUUAAGAAACUUGGAAUUAACAAAAAAUUAGUUAUUUCUGAAAAAAGCAAUUCUCAGAAAGAUGAUUGGAAUAUUGAAAAAAAAAUUAUUUCUUCUAAAGAAAAAACAAAUAUUGACAUAGAUGAAGAAUUUUCUCAUAAGACACCAUCUUUAUCAGGAUUACUUAGUUCUUGGUAUUUCUUGUUCAAUUCAUGGUUUUCUUUUUAUAAUUAUGUAAGAAGUUUCAAUUUCAAAGAGAAAAAUGAGAAUGAAAAGAUUCCAAGUUAUCUAAAUGAAAACAUUAAAUAUCAAGAUGUUAACUUGGUCAAAACAGAACACCACAGGCAAAAAAAUAUAUAUGUAGAUGGAGUAUUUCAUUCUUUUAUAUCAAACGUAUUAGAAAAAAUAGAUGAACAUACUAAUAUCAAAAUUGCUAGAACUCAUACAAGUGAAACUUUUAAAAACAUAGAACCUGUUUGUAUAAAUUUAUCAACAAAUUACACGUUGGAAAAUGAUAAAGUAAAAUCAGGUUUAUUAUACUAUAAAACACCCUUAUCAAAUUUAUUUCACGAAUUAAUUUUAGUUAUUUGUUCACGAAUAAGAAAAGAGUGCUGUGAAAAUUUUGAGAUACGUAUAAAAUCGAUUAUUCAUUUAUUUUUAUCUAAAUUAAUACCUAUUUAUAAUAAAAUUGUGAGUAGUGAUGAACUUCAUGUAGAAUGGGGAAACAAAAUUGUAAAGGAUUGGGUCCUUGCUAUAAAUAAUAGUAUUUCUGAUGAAUAUUUAAGAUUUUAUUGUAAAAUUCACGAAAACAAAAAUCUCUUCGCUUAUUUUGGAAAUGACGACAAAUGUUUUGAUUAUGAAAGUUCUUUGUAUUUAUUUGUAAUUCCGGCUGAAUUUCACACAAAUAAAAUUUCAGAAAAAACUUGAUAUUAAAGAAAGUAACAAUAUAGAUAAAUUAUAUUUAAAUGUUCAAAGAUUAUUUUUUAAAGGAUUUGCUGAUUUCAAUUUUAAAAAUGUAUAUACUUUAGAUAUUCCAGAAAUUUAUGUCUUGGGUAGUAAUAAUUAUUUAAAUUUUUUAGCAAGAAACAUUAUAAAGAUUUUUUGCACUCAUUUUCAAUAUGUUUAUGAGUUUGAAGAUAUUUCCUGUACAGACAAAUUUAAAAGUCCUAAAACAAGAAAAUCUGUUAAAGUUUUUCGAAACAGUAAUUUACAGCAGAUAAAAAACAAGUCAGCAUCUAAAGAGGAUUCUCAAGAAAAGAAGUUUCCAACAAAGAUCUUUUGGACUAAAAAUCUUGUAUAAGUUUGGGUGUAAAUAUUUUGUGCAUAAGUAGUUAACAAGUUUAUACAUGAGAAAAAAAAUGUUGUUUAUAGAACAAAAAUUUGUGUAUAGGGUUUUAAAUUUAUGAAAUAAUAAUUCGUAUAUAUUAUUAUUAUUAUUUAAAAGUAUGAAUAAUAUAGUAAUAGAAUAUUAUUAAAAUAUUUUAAUAUUAUGGAGGCAAUAGAAGAUUCGGAUUUUGUUGAGUUUAAAGAUAAUGUUUUAGUAUUUAAAGAUAAUGAUUCUUGUAAACACGAACUUUUUGUAAAAUCUUGGUUUUUGUCCUUUAAUGAUCAUAAAAUUUAUACUUUUACUAAAAAUGAGGUUAGACCGAUGUUGUCUGAAAUGGAUUAUCUUUUUGUUGAUGGAGUUAAGCUUUGUUGUAUAUAUAAAAUACUUGAAAAAAUUAAUAAAUAUACAAAUAUUAAA